AUGAUGAGGAAUUUAAUUAUAUUAUGCUUUCUAUUUGUAUUGGUUUGUUCACAAAACACAAACACCGAACAAGAACCGGAACAGAAAGGACGAACACUAUGUUUCACCGAAUUUAUUGCAGUUAAUAUGGAUGCUGAGAAUGUGAAACAAAACAAUGUAUUCAAUUGCUAUGACAGAAUAGAUAAAUACCAAUAUGAUAUAAAGGGGUUUAACAUACAAUCGGUUUGUUAUAUUUCAACGAAGAAUUCUAUUGUGAAUAAAACUUCAAAUCGCCUUGGGAGAUGUGGAGAGUGGUUGGAACUUGUAGGACCAAGCGAACAAAAGGUGGACUGUAUGGUGGCUGGAUCAAUAGAUUUUGAACUCCCUGAUACCCCAGAUAUGGCAGACAGAAUUGUUGGAUUGUCUUAUUCACUUUUCAAAAGACUGACUACUUAUUCCGACGAAACACAAAAUAGUGUCCAAGUUACACUUUCUGAAGUUGCUUUUGAUAUUGGAAUUCCACCAACGUUAUAUGUUAUUUCUAGGACGGAGACUGAAGCCGUUAUUCAAUUCACAGAUUCGAAUAAAUUGGGAGAAAGAGUUGGAAUCGAGAAAAAUGGAAAUGUUCUUGUGUAUUAUAAACAAGACGAUGAUACCUACACUGUCCCACUAUUCAAAGAAGCUUUGAACAUCCAACUCAUUGCCUAUGACGAUGAAAAAAUAAGAUUUUUGUCGGUCAAUUUAAAUACCAUUAACAAAACCACUGCGACAAUUAGAUUCAAUGCAGACAAAUCAGAGCCUUGCACAUUCACAGCAGAAACUCAAAUUGUGGGAAACGAUUUGGGGGACGUCAGAUUUAAAAAAUGGAGUGUUUGGCAAAUUAAUCCAGACUACUCUUGGAAACUUUUCCCCCCGGGUGCAGCGUCCGUUGAAAUGAACAUGUAUGGACUUUCAUUGAUAGGUGUUGAAUAUCCAGCCCCCAUGAGAGUACAAAAGCAUUUUUUGGAACUAAAAAUGGUGUUGGAUGUUGAAGAUGCAGAUCAAAUACAUGCAACACAGACGCUACUUUUGUUAGACACCAAAUUGGCUGUUUUCGAUAUCAAAUCAAUUAAGUUGAUCAAAGACAAUUUGGUGUAUAAGAAAACUAAAAAAUCGAACACUGAAAUUGAAAUUGGAGUCUCUCUUGCAAGCACCUCACUUGAAUUUACAAAUGUCAUUGGGGUUGUUCUUAAUUUUUCAAAUCCACAAAAAGUCGUAUUGAAAAAAGCGUACUUAAAAAGAAUAACUUCACUAAAAAAUGGCGAAGACUGUGACCUGAGGACGUUCGACUGUUUAAACACUGAAUGCUCCAUAACAAAUACUUCAAUAGAUGAAGGAGCUAUUCCUUUUAAAACUGGAUGCAUUCCUUAUUGUGGAUCUUGUCGAGAUGGAAAUGUGUGUACCACAAAAGGGAAGUGCAUUAAAGAGAAAAAUAACAAUUUAAGAAGCUCUAGUCAACACAACUUCCUUCUGCUAGUUUUCGUUCUUUUGUGGGCUUUAAUUUGA